AUGUCUAAAGAAACAGCUGAAUACACCCAUGGCCAUCACGAAUCCGUUCUUCGUUCCCACACAUGGAGAACAGUAGACAAUUCAGUCAAGUUCCUGGUUCCAUAUCUCAAGCCCGACUCGUAUGUUCUCGAUGUUGGCUGUGGUCCUGGUACAAUUACAGUGGACAUGGCGAAAAAUUAUACGCCCAAAGGAAAGAUUAUUGGCAUGGAGUAUGCUGGUUCAGUAUUAGAACAAGCAGCAGCUCAUGCUAAAGAGAACAAUGUGACGAACAUUGAGUUUGCAGUUGGUGACGUUCACAAUCUGAGCUACCCAGACAAUACAUUUGACAUUGUGUUCGCACAUCAAGUGGUUCAACACAUUGGUAACCCCGUUGUUGCACUUAAAGAAAUGGCACGAGUUGUCAAACCCGGUGGAGUCGUUGCCAUCCGUGACUCUGACUAUGCCGGAUUCUUCUGGUACCCCGAACUCCCUGCUCUUAAGAAAUGGCAAGAAGUCUACCUCAAAGUGGCCAAGGCCAAUGGAGCCGAGCCCAAUGCCGGCCGUCACUACCACUCAUGGGCCCAUCAAGCCGGACUUGACCAACCCAAACUAAAACUGUCCUCCAGCACCUGGUUCUACUGGACCCCGGAAGAAAGGGCCUGGUGGAGCAGUCUGUGGGCCGACCGUACCCUCAAAUCCAAUUUUGCGACAACCGUGCUCAAACACGAUCUCGGCACCCAAGACGACCUCGAAGAAAUUGCCCAGGGCUGGCGCGACUGGGGCAAAGACAAAGAUGCCAUCUUCAACCUCGCCCAUGUGGAGCUCAUCUACCAAAAGUAA